AUGUGCUGCUGGUUGACGGUGCUGGCCGCAGCUGUUGCUUUUGGCACGGCCUGCCACGCCCAGAAGCUGCGCGGGUCUCCGCCUUCUUUGACAUGCGAUGCCUGCCCAUACGCAGAGGGUGAGCACGUCGAAGCAUUGUGUCGUGGCCAGCUUUUGUCAGCUGGCACUUGCAUCCAGCUGGUGUCUUUGCCGCAGCAUUGCCACCUACGGGGCCCUUCUACGACGGCGAGGCCGACGUUGCUCUGCGGCGCGGGCGGCGGUGGCUUGCUAAGUACACUGAAGGGUGGCCAUCUCCUCCUGACUGGCAACCUCCGUGCCACCUCUCUGCGCCUGGACCUCCAGUCGCUGACGCUCGAGGAUGCAGACGUUCAGGUGGACCACGGUCUGCAGGUUCUUCAGGAGGCCCCCCCGCACCACGGCGGCGCCUUCGUGGCCAAUCAGACGUUGUUGCUUCGGAGGUCUGCCUUGACGGUUGCGAACACCAAAGCCGAAUCCGGGGGCGCCUUCUACUGCCAGGAUGUGAAGCUUCUGGAAGGCUCCAGCCUCUCGAUUGUGAACAGCACUGCGGAGGGAGGCAGCGGCGGCGGCUUCUAUGCGAGCGGCGCCGUCACCGUGGACGCUUCCUCCAUCUGGGUCCGGCACACCAGUGCCUCAGCCCAGGGUGGUGGCUUUCACACGAUGCAGGGCUUGCGGAUGACAUCCGCCGCGCUACACAUUGCAGACAGUGCCGUAGGAGGCGCAGGUGCUGGCCGCAGUUCGGGUGGUGGAGGCUUUUAUUGUGGUGGCGGGCUGGACCUGGUUAACUCCAGCCUCCACAUCCAUGAUGCCACGGCUCAGCCGCAGGGCUUCGGUGGGGCCUUCUUUCUUUCCAUGCUGUACCCAAACGGCCCGCCCCUGGCCCGCCUCGCCCGCUCCAACGUCACGAUACAGAACUGCAGAGCCGGCCUCCGUGCAGGUGGCUUUGCAAUGCUGGACUCGACAGAGCUUCUGGUUGUGGAUUCCAAGGUAAGAAUUUCGAACGUUUCUGCCCCCGAAGGCAGUGGGGGAUUCGAAGCUGGGUACCUGCGGCUUCUUGGCUCAGAGCUGCAAGUGCAGCAUGCGAGGACGGAGAAGUUGGGGGGUGGCUUUCUCGCCUGGAACUUUCUUGCCAACAACUCGAGGUUGACUUUGUCCUACACGUCGGCGGCGUCGGCAGGAGGCUUCAGUGCACAACACAGUUUCCAGCUGAUCGGGUCCAGCCUCGACAUCGUGAGGGCCGAUGCUUUCGGAGGUGGCUGCGCCGGCUUUGAGGCCCUGUGCCCCAUCGAGAUCAAGGAGUCGACGGUCCGCGUGAGCAGUGGCGAGGCAACAGGGGGCGGUGGUGGCUUUUGCGCAGGGGCAGUGUGGGUCAGCGGUUCCCACCUGUCAAUCUCGGACUCCGUGGCUAUGGGUCAUGCUGGUGGCAUGCAAGCACGUGGUCCCUUGCACUUACAAAACUCCAGCCUCGACAUCCGACGAUGCAGGAGUGGGAAGGACGGCGGGGGCGUGUGGGUCGGAGGGGACAUGCUGGUCGGGGGUGGGUCAUUGGUCUCGGUGUGGGACGCUGAGUCUUCAGGCCUGGGCGGCGGCCUCAUGGUUUCGAAGUCUCUGAAGGUGAAGGACCGGUCAGAAAUCCACAUGGACAAUGUCUCAGCCGGUCAAGGGGGAGGCAUCCACGCCUACAAAAACAUCAGCGCCGGCGGAGGGUCCUCUCUGGCCAUAUCCGGUGGCACAGCCCAGUCGGGACACGGCGGUGGGUUUGUUGCUGAGGGUGCCCUGCUCGUUGCCAGCUCCAGUGUCAGCAUAGACGGCACGGAAGCGGCGGCUACCGGAGGAGGAUUCUACGUCGGCUCAGCUCGCAUUAGCGACGGCUCCGUACUGGUUGUUGCUGACAGCACAGCAAGCGAAACAGGUGGGGGUUUCCGCAUCGGUGGCAGCAGAGUGGCUGGCAGCCUGGAGGUGUGGGAGUCGAACCUGACGGUUGCCGGGAGCGCCGCCGGCGAUGGCGGGGGCUUCCACGCGGGCAACGUGUCGCUCCGGCAUGCGCAGGUGAACGUGCAAGGGAGGGCCGGUGGCCGUGGCGGCGGCUUCUUGACGAGAGGCUUGGUGGUCCAAGAGUCCGAGUUGACGGUGGCCGGUGAAGCCGGAGAGGGCGAGGGUGGCGAGGGUGGGGGCUUCGUGUCCGAGGGCACAGAGCUGCGGGCGUCCAGGGUGCUGGUGGAGGGCACUGCCCGGCGCGGGGGCGGCUUCCGCUGCGGGUCCCUGAUGCUGCAGGCGACGGUGCUGGAGGUGCAGCGCGCCGCGGCGCGCAGCGGGAGUGCCGGGUAUGCGGGUGCGGUGCGGGCCGAGAACUCCCGCCUGCGGCUGCAGGGACUGCAGGGCCUGGAGGGCCUGCCGGGCGGCAGCGCCCUCGCGGCCGACUGCUUCGAGCUCACCCACUCCACGCUGCUUUGCGAGGCCGCCACAGAGACGGGCUUGUUCCUGCAGAACUCGAUGUGCUCCAGCGCCUGCGGCCAGACCUUCAGCAUCGAUGCCGAGUCCGGCAUCAACGCCAGCGGCGUGGUGUCGGCCCUGCUCUCCAUCGACACGUGCGAGAACGAGUCCGUCCAGCUCGCCGGCAUCGACUUCCGCACCCAGCACGCAGCAGUGGCCGAGGUCCCGUCCUCUGAGGUUUUCCUGGAGAACGUGACGGUGGAGUACACUCGGCCCAUCCAAGACUCUGCGGUGAUUCUUGCCACCCCGAGCUUUCAUGCCGAGUCCGUGGCCGUGGCGUGCCCGGGAUGCGCCCGGGGCGUGACCUUCAGCGCCGACCAGGAUGGCCUCCACGCCGUGAGCCGCGGGCCCCUGAGCUGUGCGCCUCGGGCCACCCUGGCGUCUGGGUCCACGGCGCGCUGUGGCUGUGACGACCACCAGGUCCCCGACGAAGGCUUUGGGGAACUCGUGGGCUUGGAGCAGACGUUGAGCUACUGCACCUUCUGCCCACGCCAGUCCGAGUAUGAGGGCGGUGGCUGCCGCAAGUGCCCCGUGUACAAGGCCUGGUCGGAGGGCGCGCUGGAUCGCUGCGGGUUUUGGCCCAAGGCGGCCGAGGUCCGCGCGCCGCUGCUGGUGGCGGCCACGCUCUUCGUGCUCUUGGCCUUCGGGGUCUUCGAGGUCUUCUGGACGCCCCUUUGGGUGGUGGACGCUGUGACCUCGAAGGGGAAGCUGGUCCUCACAGUGCAGGGCCCGAUCGUCCAUCUGCCCACAUUCCUGGCGAGGCAAGUGCACCGGAGCCUGUCCUACACCGUCGAGGACACGGAGCUCUUCUGGCUGGAUGCCGGCAAGCCCGUGGGGAAGAAGCUGAAUCCCGUCAAGCUUUGCGGAGUCGGCCGGAACCUGCAGCUGGAGCCGGAGCCACCCUUUGACUGCGCCACCAGCAGGGGCACGCUCACAGCCACGCGCUACUGGCGCCCGCUCUUCUGCUUCUGGCUAGUGCUCUUCGUCGUGAUCCUGCUGCCAACAGCCGUGGCCGUGGCCAUCAUGUCAAGAAACGGAGUUCGGCACGUGCUCCUGACGGCCUUCUAUGCCGUGCUGCCCUUGAGCCUGGGCGCUGUGGCGCUUCACGGCCCCGUGGCCUGGAUGCUUGGGAAGCACUACGCCAAGACCCCCCUUCAGGCAGCCUGUCAGGAGUACCUCCCGAAAGUGGCCCACGUGCCCAACCCAGGCCCGGAUGCCGGCCACCCGAAGAACCAGGGCCUCUUGGCAAACACGCUCGCGGAGCUCUGGGAGCACUUCCAGCGUAUCAUUUUGGAGCGAAACAUGCAUUUUGUGGUCGCGAACAUCGUCCGACCGCUGACGAUCAGGAAGCAAGUGUCCUUUGUGAACCUCUGGGGUGGCAGGCCGGUUGACUACUUUGUUAGCCACAGCUGGGGCACCAGCUUCCAGCACUUUGUGAAGUGCAUCCGUCGCCAUGCCGACUUCGUCGGUGCACCCAAUGACGCCUAUUGGAUCUGCUCCUUUGCCAACAACCAGUGGGACAUCGCGUCAGAGUUGGGCACCAGCGUCAUGGACAGCGCCUUCGCCCGCGUCCUCCAGGCAGGCGUCAAGGGGGUCGUCAUGGUGCUGGACCACGAGGUCCAGCCCCUCACUCGCGUAUGGUGUCUCUUCGAGUUCCUGCUGUCGAGCAACCUUCAGCUGGACCUGGUCUUUGCUACGGACCUCGGGGUCCUCGGGGAGCAGGGUGCUUCGCCUGACACGGCCUUGCAAAUCGGCCGGAAGUUGAAGACGCUCCAAGUGGCGAACUGUCUUGCUUCCAGUGAGGAGGACAAGCGCAAGAUCUUCAACUACAUUGUCUCUUCCCUCGGAAGUCUCGAGAACAUGGACAGUUGCGAGAAGCAGGAUGCCAGUGCAAACCGCUCGGACUUCGCGCGCGCUGCGCUUCGCGCAGCCCGAACCAUGCCAGCUGCGCGCCAUGGCGAACUCCUCGUCGUCGCGCUUGCGGCCCUCAGCGGGACCGGUUCUGCCGAGCUGUCCCGGCGGAUUCCAGGCCUAAGUUCCCGGCGCGCCCCACGCUCCUCCGCGGAGCGGGCGCUUGAGGCGUGUGAGGUUGCCUCAGCUGAGCGCUUGGAGGCUCUUUGUCACGGCUCCCAGCUGUCACCCGGGGCUUGCUUCCAGCUGGAGUCAACAGGCCUGCCGCGGAGCUGCCGCUUACAUGGUCCGAGUGGACCCACUUCCGAGCCAGCGCAGCUCCGCAGUGAUGGCCGCACGCUGAAGGGCGGCGACCUUCUCCUGAGUGGCCAGCUUGUCAUCGCUUCACUACGAUUGGACCUGCAGUCCUUGACUCUUGAAGAUGCGCACGUCGUGAUGGCGCACAAUCAGACCACCGGGGACUUGCAGGACGGUGGCGUCUUCAACACCACCGGCAAUGUGACUCUUCACAGGUCCAACCUGACCGUGCGGGGUGCUGAAGGCAUGCUUGGCGGCGGCUUCGUCGCCCUUUCGGGCGUGAAUCUGCUGCAGUCGAACUUGCAGAUCUUGGACAGCCGGGCGAAUGUGUCGGGCGGUGGUUUCGCCACCUCAGGAAGCUUGUUGCUCGAGGACUCCAGUCUCACUGUCCGAGGUGCGUGGGCAGGAAAGACGGGUGGCGGCUUUAUGGCCUAUGGUGACGUGAAACUGCUGCGCUCCACGGUGCAGAUUCUGGAGAGCCGGGCUCGAGUCGGUGGCGGCUUCGCUGCCUCGCAAGUGGUCCUUGAGGAGUCCAACCUCACUGUCCAUGGAACGAGGGGCCUGAGAGGUGGCGGGUUUGUUGCAGUCUCGGACGUGAAGCUGCUGCGAUCGAGCUUGCAGAUUCUGGACACCGUGGCAGAGCAACUCAACGGUGGCUUCCUCACCAAGGGAAGCUUGUUGCUUGAGGAAUCGAACUUGACGGCCCAACGCACGCGGGCUGUAAAGGUUGGUGCCUUCGAGGCCGAUGGCGACGUGAAAGUGACGAGAUCGAACCUGAACAUUCGGGACAGCACCGCCGUGCAAGGAGUUGGUGGCUUCUUCGCUGCUGGAGCGCUCCUCGUGGACACUUCCGCGGUCAGUCUCUCCGAGGUGGAAGCCUUUUUCUGCGGCGGCUUCACCGCCACGCGCAUCGAGGUGAGGAGCUCGAGGAUCGACAUCCGGCACGCGCGGGCGCACCAAGCCUUCGGAGCUCUUCUUUCUCAGGGCGCGAUUGAUGUCACCGACGGAUCCGUGCUGCGGAUCGCUGACAGUUCCGCGACCCUCCAGGCCGGGGGAUUCUUUGCGAAGGGCGCCGUUCGCGUGGUGAACCAGUCGCAGAUCCGCAUCGAAGAUGCCUCGUCCUUGAACAUUGCCGGCUUCUUCACGCAGAGUGAUGUGAUCCUUGCCCAAAACUCCUCACUAGCCAUCUCGAACCUGGACUCUGAGGAGUUCGGGGGCUUCCGAGCCGAGAGCUUGCAGGUGCUCAGCGGCUCUGGUGUCAGCAUCGAGAACGCAACCACCCGGAAGAAUCCGGGAGGCUUCGUGGUGUCCGAGCUCCUGGUGUCGGAGAGCUCCCUUGACCUUCGCAACGCCACGGCGGUCGAAGGGAACGGGGGCGGCUUUUGGGCGAAGGGGGCUGAGGUGCGCAGCUCCACCGUCCGCAUCUCGGGCGCGCAUGCAGAGAACGGCGGAGGCUUCUUCUGCGAGGAGAACUUGAGGGUGCUCGAUGGCUCCAUCAUAGAAGUCACCAGCACUUCGGCCUCGAGCCAAGGGGGCGGGCUUCUGGCCGCAGGAAGCGUGGUCGUCAACGCAUCUCGCCUGAGAGUGGCACACUCUCGUGCAGGUGGUGUCGGAGGGGGCUUUUUUGUGAUGGGCGGUCUGGUUCUUGCGAGGAAGGCGGAGGUUCUGCUAGAGGAGGUGACCAGCUCUGGAGACGCCGGCGGCUUUGCGUCGUCGAGCGUGGACGUGUCUGGGCAAUCCCUCCUCAGCAUCUCUGGUGCUUCCGCCUCGCAGGGGGGUGGAUUCUGGAGUCGGGGGAUGCUUCAGGUCACCGAGUCGCUGGUCCGCAUCCGCCGCGCCACGGCUUCGAAGCACGGCGGCGGUCUCUACUCAUGGCAAAGCGUCCUCCUUCGCAAGGGAUCUGUUCUGGACAUCUCCGAUUGUAAGGCGGGGGGCUCAGGUGGUGGGUUCAGGAGCGAAGGCAGCCUACAAGUGACGGGAGGUUCUUCGGUGCAGGUAACAGAGACUACCUCGGGCAUGCACGGCGGUGGAUUUAUUGUGCAGUCAGAGGUCGAGAUCUGCAACUCCACUCUCCAUCUUUCCCAAACUUCAGCUGAUAUGGAUGGUGGGGGCUGCAACGCGCAAAAAAGCUUGACCGUGAGAAAUUCCACGCUGAACAUAAGCUAUGCUAAAGCUGGAAGUCACGGAGGAGGGUGUAGUGUCCUGGGUGACAUUCUGCUGUCCGCCUCCAUGGUGACAACUGCACACACGGCCUCGGUUGGUGAUGGGGGAGGACUUGUCCAAGGGGCACUGCGUACAACAGAUGGCACUGUCCUCAAGAUACAGAACGCAACAGCUGGGAGGAAGGGAGGAGCCUUGAAUGUCCACGGCGUCUUGGAAUUCGGCAUGUCCGAGGCCACGCUGGAGGCCACCGCUGGAAUAGACGGUGGCGCUGUCUGGGCUGGCAGCUUGGAAGUGUGGGAGUCGAACCUGACGGUUGCUGGGAGCACCGUGGGCGAUGGCGGGGGCUUCCACGCGGGCAACGUGUCGCUCCGGCAUGCGCAGGUGAACGUGCAAGGGAGGGCCGGUGGCCGUGGCGGCGGCUUCUUGUCCAGAGGCCUGGUGAUCCGGGAGUCCGAGUUGACGGUGGCCGGUGAAGCCGGAGAGGGCGGGGGCUUCGUGUCCGAGGCCACAGAGCUGCUGGCAUCCAGGGUGCUGGUGGAGGGCACUGCCCGGCGCGGGGGCGGCUUCCGCUGCGGGUUGUUGAUGCUGCAGGCGACGGUGCUGGAGGUGCAGCGCGCCGCGGCGCGCAGUGGGAGUGCCGGGUAUGCGGGCGCGGUGCGGGCGGAGAACUCCCGCCUGCGGCUGCAGGGACUGCAGGGCCUGGAGGGUCUGGAGGGCCUGCAGGGCGGCAGCGCCCUCGCGGCCGACUGCUUCGAGCUCACCCACUCCACGCUGCUUUGCGAGGCCGCCACAAAAACGGGCUUGUUCCUGCAGAACUCGAAGUGCUCCAGCGCCUGCGGCCAGACCUUCAGCAUCGAUGCCGAGUCCGGCAUCACCGGCAGCGGCGUGGUGUCGGCCCUGCUCUCCAUCGACACGUGCGAGAACGAGUCCGUCCAGCUCGCCGGCAUCGACUUUCGCACCCAGCACGCAGCAGUGGCCGAGGUCCCAUCCUCUGAGGUUUUCCUGGAGAACGUGACGGUGGAGUACACUCGGCCCAUCCAAGACUCUGCGGUGAUCCUUGCCGCCCCGAGCUUUCAUGCCGAGUCCGUGGCCGUGGUGUGCCCGGGAUGCUCCCGGGGCGUGACCUUCAGCGCCGACCAGGAUGGCCUCCACGCCGUGAGCCGCGGGCCCCUGAGCUGUGCGCCUCAGGCCACCCUGGCGUCUGGGUCCACGGCGCGCUGUGGCUGUGAAGACCACCAGGUGCCCGACGAACGCUUUGGGGAGGUCGUGGGCUUGGAGCAGACGUUGAGCUACUGCACCUUCUGCCCACGCCAGUCCGAGUAUGAGGGCGGUGGCUGCCGCAAGUGCCCCGUGUACAAGGCCUGGUCGGAGGGCGCGCUGGAUCGCUGCGGGUUUUGGCCCAAGGCGGCCGAGGUGCGCGCGCCGCUGCUGGUGGCGGCCACGCUCUUCGUGCUCUUGGCCUUCGGGGUCUUCGAGGUCUUCUGGACGCCCCUUUGGGUGGUGGACGCCGUGACCUCGAAGGGGAAGCUGGUCCUCACAGUGCAGGGCCCCAUCGUCCAUCUGCCCGAGUUUUUGGCGAGGCAGGUGCACCGGAGCUUGUCCUACACCGUCGAGGACACGGAGCUCUUCUGGCUGGAUGCCGGCAAGCCCGUGGGGAAGAAGCUGAAUCCCGUCAAGCUUUGCGGAGUCGGCCGGAACCUGCAGCUGGAGCCCGAGCCACCCUUUGACUGCGCCACCAGCAGGGGCACGCUCACAGCCACGCGCUACUGGCGCCCGCUCUUCUGCUUCUGGCUAGUGCUCUUCGUCGUGAUCCUGCUGCCAACAGUCGUUGCCGUGGCCAUCAUGUCAAGAAACGGAGUUCGGCACGUGCUCCUGACGGCCUUCUAUGCCGUGCUGCCCUUGAGCCUGGGCGCUGUGGCGCUUCACGGCCCCGUGGCCUGGAUGCUUGGGAAGCACUACGCCAAGACCCCCCUGCAGGCAGCCUGUCAGGAGUACCUCCCGAAAGUGGUCCACGUGCCCAACCCAGGCCCGGAUGCCGGCCACCCGAAGAACCAGGGCCUCUUGGCAAACACGCUCGCGGAGCUCUGGGAGCACUUCCAGCGUAUCAUUUUGGAGCGAAACAUGCAUUUUGUGGUCGCGAACAUCGUCCGACCGCUGACAAUCAGGAAGCAAGUGUCCUUUGUGAACCUCUGGGGGGGCAGGCCGGUUGACUACUUCGUUAGCCACAGCUGGGGCACCAGCUUCCAGCACUUUGUAAAGUGCAUCCGUCGCCAUGCCGACUUCGUCGGCGCACCCAAUGACGCCUACUGGAUCUGCUCCUUUGCCAACAACCAGUGGGACAUCGCGUCGGAGUUGGGCACCAGCGUCAUGGACAGCGCCUUCGCCCGCGUCCUCCAGGCAGACGUCAAGGGGGUCGUCAUGGUGCUGGACCACGAGGUCCAGCCCCUCACUCGCGUGUGGUGUCUUUUCGAGUUCUUGCUCUCCACCUCUCUUCACUUGGACUUGGUCUUCGCCACCGACUUGGGCAUUUUGGGGGAUGAUCAGUGCGACUCCGUUGGCAUUGCCUUGGAGAUUGGAAAGAAGAUCGAGCCCCUUAGCGUUGAGCGGUGUCAUGCCUCUAGUGACGAGGACAAGCAGAAGAUCUUCACCUACAUCAGAUCUCAGCUCGGUAGCCUCGAGCGCAUGGAUGAGAGCAUCAAAGCCAUGAUCAAGGAGAUGUUGAGGCGAAACCUGCAACAUGCGAGCACGGCCACCGCCAACCUUCGCCAGGAGCUGGGAUACAAGUGA